GGUUUGCCGAGCUGCCUUUAAUUGGCAUCAGAUCAGCCCAAACUCAGCAAGCUGCUCUUGAUCUGAAUCCAUCCCAAAUGGGUUAUUAUCGUUCAGCAUGGCUCCCAGACUUUCCUUGCUCGAGUAUCUUGACUUGGUGUACCGUCUUACAUGCUAUGCCCCCUUCAAAAUAUCCGUGAACUUAGCCCGCACCCUCGUGGUGGGAUGGUAUCGCGGCGUGCCCCUAAAAUUCUUCUGCAUCUGCGCCGUCAUCCGCGUCUUUCUCGGCGGCUUCUACCCGCGCCAAAUCCAGUUGCUUUCCCCUUCGACCCGAGCCACUUACCAGUCAUGGAUCCGCCGGAAGGCUUCUAAGCUCCCACCAACCGCCACCCAGGAAUCGGCGAACAGGCUCAAGCCCGAAAUCGUUCCCCUCCCCGACGGCAAGUCCUCCCUCCUCUGGGUCGGCAACCGCGCCCAGGCCCGCAAGGUCGUGCUCUUCUUCCACGGCGGCGGAUACAUAUCCCCGCUCGUCCCGGGCCAUUUGGAGUGGUGCUGGCGCGCCUACGUCGAAGCCGGCAUCGCCUGCGACGUCGAGACUGCUGUCGCCGUGCUCGAGUACACGCUCUGCCCCGCGGCCAAGUUCCCCGACCAGCUACAGCAGGCCGUGGCCGGGUUGGAGAGACUCCUAGCAGACGGGGUUCGUCCGGGGGACAUUAUCAUCGGCGGUGAUUCGGCCGGGGGUAAUUUGACCGCGCAGCUGCUCUGCCACCUCAAUCGUCCGCUGCCGGGGAUCGGGGCUGUCCAGCUGGCAGAACCACUGGCUGGGUCGUUUCUGGUUUCGCCGUGGGUCAGCAAGAAGACGACGGACCGGUCGUUCAGGGAGAACCAUGCACUGGAUAUGCUGUCAGCGGGGCUGGUCACUCAGUGUGGGCGGACGCUUCUUGGUCCUGAUUUUGGCAGCACGAGCGGUGAAGAUAUCAGGCAUGCGGCUUUCCCCCUCGAUGGAGACGGGACCAGCUUCGACGGCAUGGAUUCAGUGGUGAAGGAGAUAUAUGUAACCGCCGGGGAAUUCGAGCUAUUCCGAGAUCAAUCCGUGGCUGUGGCUUCGGAGCUGAGAAGCCGGAAUCCUCGUCUGGUUGUCCGGUUGGAUGUCUUCCCGAAACAGGCCCAUGAUUUCAUCCUUCUUGAGGGACGGGAUGGGAUAAUGGGAACAGCGAUGAGUAGUAUGAAGGAGUGGAUGGUUGAGUUGCUUACAAAGUCCAAGGCGAUGGACUGACGAACACAUCACCGAACUUCCUCCUUCCUCCUCGUGAAGUCAACUUCACCCGCUUCCCCCAUCUUGUUAAUAAGUGAUAGAAGUCUCUUUAAAUGAGCUUAGCCACUAUUCUAUCUACUCACAUCUUUAAAAAUGCUCAAGUAAAAACCCGAUGUUCCUGAUAUCAUAGAGUCUCCGCUCUGAGGUAUAAC